AUGUCGAGUAGUCAAAAUUUAUCUUCGGACGCGGGAGAAGAAGCUAAUGGAAAUCCAGCUACUUCUCCUGCACCCGACAUAGAUGAUCCUUUAGAGGAUGAUAUUUUCGGUUUGAAUGAUCAACCUAGUGUUAGCCAAGAUGAAGAAGAAGAAGAUGGGGAAGAUUUAUUUGGUGCUAAUUUGGAAAAUGAUUAUCGGCCUAUGCCAGAAUUGGAUACUUAUGAAGGUAGAGAAAUCGAUGACGAAAAUGAGUAUGAUGCAAUGUCGAUCGGUGAAAGAAGAGCUGCUGAGAGAGCAAUGGACAAGAGAGAUGGUGGAAGAGGCCUUGGAUUUGAUCAAUUGCUUUAUUCUGAAAGCGAUGAUGGAGAUUCACCGAGAAAAAAACGAAGAAGAGCAGAAGAAGCAGCUUUUGGUGAUGUCGAAGAAAUGGAACCUGUUGAAGAUUUACAAGACAGUAGAGGGCGUUCAAUAAAAGAAUGGGUUCUCGUACCUGAUACUAGCAUGGAGAUAGCGAAUAGAUUUCGUAAUUUUCUGAGAACUGCAGUCAAUGCCAAGGGUCGUCAAGUAUUCAAAGAAAGAAUGAGACGAAUGUGUGAAAAUAACGAGUCUAGCCUUGUAGUUGAUUAUCCUAUGCUUGCUCAAGCUAAAAACGAUUUGGCUUAUUUGCUACCUGAAGCUCCCUUUGAAGUCCUAUCAAUAUUCGAUGAAGUCGCAAAAGACUUGGUGAUGGAAAUGUUUCCAAAUUAUUCUAGAGUAACAAAAGAAAUAAGAGUUAGAAUUGCUGAAUUGCCUUUGAUAGAAGAUAUUAGAACAUUUAGAAAAACUCAUUUGAAUCAAUUAAUACGUACCACUGGAGUAGUAUCUUCUACAACUGGUAUAUUACCUCAGUUGUCAAUUGUUAAAUACGAUUGUGGAAAUUGUGGAAACGUGUUGGGACCCUAUCCUCAAACUCAAAAUGUUGAAAAUGGUCCAGGAAGUUGCAGCGUCUGUCAGAGUACGGGACCGUUCAUUGUUAAUAUGGAAGAAACCGUUUACCGUAAUUAUCAAAAGAUAAUUAUUCAGGAGCCUCACAACAAAAUUCCUGGCGGAAGAAUACCACGUUCUAAACCUUGCAUUUUAUUAGACGAACUUUGCGAUCGUGCUAAAGUCGGAGACGUAAUCGAUGUGACUGGAAUUUACACUCACAGUUAUGACGGUUCCCUUAACACGGAGCAAGGUUUUCCAGUAUUUUCAACCGUUAUCAUAGCUAAUUACAUUGUAGUAAAAGACGCAAAGCAAAUAAUACAGUCACUGACCGACGAUGAUAUAAAUUCAAUCUUGAAACUUUCGAAAGAAAAAAAAAUCAUCGAGAAAAUAGUAUCCAGCAUUGCUCCAUCGAUCUACGGUUACGAUUACAUAAAAAGAAGUUUGGCUUUGGCUUUGUUCGGUGGAGAAAGUAAAAACGCUGGAGAAAAACAUAAAAUCAGAGGCGAUAUAAAUGUUUUAAUAUGCGGAGAUCCUGGAACGGGUAAAUCCCAGUUUUUAAAAUAUAUAGAACAGGUUGCACCGCGAGCCAUUUACACGACUGGUCAAGGUGCUUCUGCCGUGGGUCUUACUGCUUACGUGAAAAAAAAUCCCGCCAAUAAAGAAUGGACUUUAGAAGCUGGAGCUUUAGUAUUGGCAGAUCAAGGCAUUUGUCUAAUAGAUGAAUUCGACAAGAUGAACGAUAGAGAUAGAACGUCAAUACAUGAAGCAAUGGAACAACAAACGAUUUCCAUUUCCAAAGCUGGAAUAGUUACUUCCCUUCAAGCCAGGUGUUCAAUAAUAGCAGCUGCAAAUCCCAUCGGUGGAAUUUACGAAUCGUAUUUGCCGUUCGCUAGUAACGUUAAUUUAUCGGAACCGAUACUUUCUCGAUUUGACGUUCUUUGCGUCGUUCGCGACGAAGCCGACGUGGUUCAAGAUCAAAGAUUGGCACAAUUCGUUUGCAAUUCACACGUUAAACAUCACCCGAUACCGAACGAACACGUGGAAACCCCCGAAUUGAAUUCGGAAGACAAUCAAAUCCCGCAGGAUUUACUUAGGAAAUACAUUGUUUACGCGAAACAAUACGUUCAUCCCACUCUUGAAAAAAUUGAUCAAAACAAAAUAGCAAAAUUGUACAGUCAGUUGAGACAGGAAGCUUUGGUCACGGGAAGCAUGCCCAUCACUGCACGUCACAUAGAGAGUUUAAUUCGAAUGUCCGAGGCUCACGCGAGAAUACAUUUGAGAGAAAAUGUCGUGGAAGAAGACGUGAACGUCGCCAUUCGAAUCCUUUUGGAAAGCUUCGUCGAAACUCAAAAAUUUAGCGUCAUGAAAGCAAUGAAAAAAGCAUUUCACAAAUACUUAUCAUACGGGAGAGAUACAGACGAAAUAUUAUAUUUCUUUUUGAGAGAAUUGACAAUUUUUCAUUUGGGAUUGGCGAGGAGCAAAGGAGAUACGGACAUAAUGAUUGUUAAAAUACCCGAAAGGGAUUUGAUGGUCAAGGCUAAAUCGAUUGGUGUCAACGAUUUGACGGAUUUUUACAAAAGUAAAAUAUUUAAGGAUAAUAAUUUUAUAUACGACGCCAUGGAAAACGUAAUCGUACAAAGUGUGCCGAACGCACACACGCAAAUUUAA